AUGACGUCUCUCCGCACCAAAGGCAAAGUCUUCGCCCACUUUCCGUACUCCUUUGGAAAGCAUAAGCUGUACGGAUUCAAGAUUGACAUCCGUCUCACAUGA